AUGCCUCUCACAGAAGGACACAUUCUCGUCGUGCCGAGAGAACACCAUGUGAAACUAGCAGACAUGGGUGUCCGAGUUAGCCGAGCGGUUGGCCAAUGGCUCCCUAUUAUCUCGCGGGUUGCGAUGCGGACGCUCUUUGGGGAAGAGGCCACCUCUGAGUCUGGUUCGAGUUGGAAUUGGAAUUGGAAUGUGGUGCAGAAUAAUGGUAUCACCGCCGCGCAACUCGUCCCCCACGUUCACUUCCAUGUGAUACCUCGGCCAGCGACGAAUGCGCCGCCGAGCGGCGGGAAGGUGAGUUUCGUGAUGUUUGGUCGCGGGCAGAGGGAUGAGUUGGAUGAUGAGGAGGGGGAGAAGUUGGCGGGGUUGUUGAGAGAGGAGUUGGCUAAGGAGGUGGGGAGAGUGAAAGAACAGGAGGGCGUGGAUUUGGAUCUGGAGGGUAGUGGUGAUGAUGAUCAUGAUAGGAAGAGGGAGUUGGGGAAGCUAUGA